GUUAGGUUUUCAUGUAGGUAGGUAUUAAGAUAAAUGUUGAUUUAUUGUACCUAUUAAAAUCAAAAUAUGGAGCUUAUUUAUUCAAUGAGACGUAAGCCGCUGAAGUGUGAGCCGCCACAUUUUGAUGGUACAACCGAUCCAGAAGUAGUAAGACCAGUCUGUACAAUAUCUACAUGUAAUAUUAUCGCCUUUUCAUCACUGACUGAGCUCACAGACUCUGAUGGUGAAACAUGGGGAGGCCAUGUGUAUGUAUGUGAUUUGGACACACCUUGGGAUAGCCAUAAAGUUACCAGUACUGUGCAUCCUGUAUCAUCUCUGGAAUGGGAUGGAGAGGGCAAAAAGUUGCUUGUAGCUACAACAGUUGGCGAAGUAUCUGUGUACGGCCAAAAAGAGUUCUUGCUGAAUGAAUGGACUUGCUUAUAUACUGCUAAUUUUCCAGGUGAAUGUAUAAAAAAGGCUGCAUUUUUUCACAACGGUCGGAAGGUCGUAGCAUUAGAAAAAAAGCCUGAUGCUCCUAUCUGUGACAGGAUACAAUUGUUGAGAGCCACGCCUACUUUGAAAGGAUUUGGGGGAGGUGCGUGUGAGGGCGCGUGUGUGGUGACGGGAACCGGGUUGGUGGGUGCACUGACGCCGGGUGAGGGCGGGCGGGCACACAUCGUCACGGACUGCUUACGCGCUGUCCGGAGCCAUAUUGCUACAGCGUCCAUCGCACACAAGAAUGGGAAUCUACUGAUAGCAGCUGGUUGGCGGCGGGGUAGCAAGCGAGGGGUGCACUGCGCGGUGUGUUCGGUCAUACGUCCUAACUCAACCCGUUCUGCCCCUGUCUCUAUACAGCUGCAACCUUUGCCCACCGUUUACCUCUUAGAUGACGAUGUUACGCCUAUUUCAAUAUCAUGGUGGCUUCGAGACGACAUCGAUUCGUUACUGAUCGCGAGUACAAAUCUGACAUUGUGGAAAAUGACAGAGCAAGCAUAUCCUGUACACAAACUGUUAUCCAAAGGUCCCGUCCAAGGCAGUACAACACCUGGCGGGGGUCCAAAAACUGUAGAUUGCUUCAAUACCGUGGCGUGGCAACAAGCCGCCGUCUGGCAAAUGGAAGGCAGCGAUUGCGCAACUUACGUAUCCUCGGCCCGGUUGCCCUCAGUAGCGCACGCAGUACUUUGUACCCCGAGGGCACUUCACCUUUUAGCGAGGGAUACACCCCACUACUUACAUUCGCGGCCCAUUAUCACAAGCGGCGUGGGAGUUGGGGCGCCGGAGGUGGCCAGUGGCGCCGGGACCCCUCCCAAGAAACCCAAAUAUGGACCCGGCUCUAUACCUAGUGGAGCUAGUUGCGCGACAGUGUGGUGUGUGGAGAUGUCAGCGUUGGGCGGCGUGGUUGUGGCGGUGGACACGCAUUCGCAGCUUCACGUGUACAAACUGCACCAGCCUGCGCCCGACAUACCCACACCACUAUCAGUGCAGCACGUGACCUCCUUACUGGAAUACUCCAUGGUAUCAGGUUACGAUUCGCUCGAUAUACUGAUGACUCUCAAAGCCAACAUCGUUGAAGCUGUUUAUGAAAGGAUAACAGAGAGUUUCCAAAGACAGCCGCCUACUUUCCAGCAGUUUUAUUUCCACAGUUGGCUCAAACUUAGGAUAGCUCUCUGUAGUUUGUCAGCGUCAUGGCAGAGCAGUGCUGCGGCGCUGACGUCACUCCAGCUGUGCUACGCCGCAUGGGCCGCCUGCGCGGGCGCACUGCGCGACGAUAAACCGGACGCCAUUGCACCGUUGACAGCCUUGCUGGACGACCAUACGCCGCUACCGGAACACGACAAGAAUCUCCUAGCAUUAGAAGCGAAAGCGGAACUGUCUAGCGACGGAGCACUUCAAGCGUUGCAGCCGCUGCAAGCGCUUAGACGGCCGCUGCAACGGGCGCUGCAUACAGCGCUAACAGCGCUUGCUGCGUUGCAACCGGCUAACCUGCACCAGUUACAACAUCAUAAUGGGUAUGAACUAUGGUCGGAUCCCGCAGCAAUAACUUUAUUGAGGAAGCUAGUAGUAGUAGCACGGGCUUGCGGUCGCGGCGGCGAGUCGCUCAGUCGCCCGCUCGCGCGACUAGCGGUUAGCACGCCGCCUAAGCCCGACCUACUGGAGGAGUGUGCGUGCGUUUGUGCGCAGGCGCCGGCUCGCGUUUGGGAUGCCUUGCCGCGCCGCUGUCUCGCUGCGCCGCACGCCCGCGGCUGGCCGCUAUAUUUUGAGUACGGCGUGGAGCCGGAGUCGCUGCGCUACGUACCUGAACCUCCUGUGUACGCACAGUCUGACAUCGCGCCCUCUCUCGACAUGGAUUCGAUAAGGUACAUGUACUUGGGUGGGGGGAGAAGGGCUGCGCGUUGGCGGCGAUGCGGCCGCUGCGGAGCGCGCGCCCUUCCCGCCGCCACGCCAGCGAAGCACCCACUGCAGAAGGCCUACGACGGGCGGUUCCUGGCCGCCUGCAGGUGCGGUGGUAAAUGGACGCUAGUUUCUAAUGUAUAAUAUUAGUGGAAGAUUGCAAGCAAAUAAAUGUUAUUUAUAUUGUAAAUAAAUUAC